UGAUCAAUUUGUUUGAAGAUGGCGGUCUUCGAAAUCUUUUCGCAUCCAGAGCUGAGAAGAUACCGUACAACUGUUUGUUCUCGAGCUUCAAUCAUCCUCAUAUUCACAUUGUUCCUGACAUUUAUUCCUCCACUUUUUAUAGUAUAUAGAAGUUAUGGGUUUUGGAGGAAGACAGAUACAUAUCGGGAGUACCCAGAGAUCCACUUCAAGCAUGAGUUGUUGAUGGUUGCAGAGCUGGCAGGGGAGGGGAACUAUGUCACAUACAGCACAUACCAGACUUACAACACACUACAGCAAGCAAGGCUCAGGAUACCACUUAUUACAUCUCGUGAGGAGGAUGUGAAUGGUGAUGGGAGACCGGAUAAUCUCCUGUUCAACCUUGAGCUGCCUCUAGAUGACACAGAAUCUGUGCUCGGGAUAAGGCUCAUACUCAUAUUUGACUACAAACUCUUUCAAUUCUCCACCCUAACAAUGGAAGGGAUGGUGUUCAUCAACCAUGACAACCCAAAGCCCGGAGCCAGGUACGAUGUUGUCGGGGAACUCCGCUUCAACCAGAAGGAACCACUGUCCCACACCGGCACGGACCACAGAUACAAUAGCUCCGUUAUUGACUCCACGAGCAUCUAUGCUGAAGAUUUCCUUCUCCCAACCAUAUUCAAGAACUACGUCGCCAGAAACCUAACCACCUAUCUUAAUGCCCCCUACACAGUGUGGAGUACUGGCCGGGCGGCCGGUCAGCCAUUUGUCCUCUCAGCCUCUAUAGCGUACCCAGAGGAACUGUUCCAUUACACGCCCGGGUUCUGGUACCUCAUCAAGUGGGGCUGGGUGCAGUAUGUGUCAGUGCUAUUGCUGUUCUUGUUUGUGUUUGACAGAAUCAAGAUCUUUAUCUACUCUAACCAGCUCGUGAAUACGAUAGUAGUGAAACCGUGGAAGCAGGAAAUCAAGGGUAACUGAUGAUUUGUGCUCAUAAGCUUUAGUACAACUAUAUUUAAAUUAUGGAACAGCGUCAGAGGAGAUGCGAUCUAAAAUGUAUAAUGGUGUGGAGUAAAAAGAACUUUAACAAAUUGAAAUAAGACAGGGAGAGACAAGUAGAACAUUUACAUCCUAGCAGCAUGACAGAUUUUCAAUGCUUAUUUUAUUUUGAUAUAACAUGAUAUGCAUGAACAAUUGUACUGGAAUGAUGUAGACUUUCUAAGUUCUGUGAUAUGUGUAAGUGUAUUUGAUAGGUCAUUGAAACAAUAUUUUGGUUAGUGCUAGAUUUUUAUGGGGCACUUUACAUGAUAACCUCCUUACGUUAUGGUCACUGUGGUUGCACAGUGAUAUCUCAGUUGCAUAAACUUCAAAAUAUAUGACUGAUGGACUAGAUGUGAAUAAUAAAAAAUAUUAUUAUGUGGUUGGUGUCAUAUAUUCUUAUUUUAUGUUAAGCAAUUUAAAUAAUGAUCAUAAAAGGUAUGUUAAAGGAAGAAUGUUCCAAAUAGAGGAGGUUCAGAGGAGAAACAAUUUCAUUCUUUAAGGAGCCGCCUUCAACUUAAUCUGAUAUGUAUUGUUACACGACUUAUUCAGAAAAUGAGCCAAAAAUGUACCAACUUAAUGUCAUGGUGUUAAAACUAAGUAUCGCAGUAUGUGAAAUCAGAUAACAGCUGGAAAUUUUUAUUCGUACAGGGUUCGAAUUUAACUUUGAGGAGCACUCGCAAAAUUUCGCGAGUGCUUUUUGAGGCAACUCGCAAAAUGAAAAAUCAACUUGCAAUUUUAUUAUUUGCUUUAUCCCCUUAUAAUAUUGUCUAAUUAAAGUAGAAAUUUACACUUAAGACAUAUUAUGAAUAUUAAAAAGUAUCAAUCUUGAGUAACUCGGCUACUAGAACUUGUUGAUGGCUUAUUCUUUUUGGGGGGUUACUGAAAGACUCAUCAGAUGCUGGCCGCUUUUUGAAAACAAAGCUGUCCAAUAAUUUGACAUUGUUCACUUUGUAUAUUUACCCUCACCAUCGGGUAAUACCCAUUACGCAAGCACGCUACAGAUUUAAUUAAGUCUAUAAGUAUUAAAAACAAUAACAUUAUAAAUUUCAAAUAAAUAAAAGUAACAGCAAAUGUAGCGCGUAUGCUUUGGACCAUGAAAUAUAUCGAUCGACGAAGUAUAUUCACUUUGACAGUUGGGUGGAAAUAUAUUCAAAGGUUGAUGGGGUUUUCAUAUAGUGCGCGAAAGCGCUAAAUUUAGCAAAUGAUUGAGCUUGGUGAUUACGUCAUUUGUAUUCACUUUGUAUUAUGCACGCCUCGGAGCAUCCAAGAAAGAUUCGAGAUAAAUAUCGGCCUUUUCCGUAUUUGUUCUUUAUUUGAAAACUUACUAGAGCGUGACUCCGUACUGUCUUCUUUAUACUGGUAGUGUAAACAUGCCACUUAUAGGCUGUUUACACCCGACUUUGUAGUGGAAUUCAUGUUUAUUCCACUCUCCUUUUAACAUUUUGUGGUCUAGAAAAAGCAACUCGCAGAAUUUUGCGAGCUUGAAUAAAAGUCACUCGCAAUUUGCAAAUGUCGCUUGCAUUUUGCGAGUAUGCGAGUCUAAAUUCGAUCCCUGUCGUAUUUUAAUUCUAUGUUGUAGAACUUACCAGUUACAAUUUCCAUGCUUGUGGUGCAUUGCCAAACAAACAGGUCUGACAGUAAUGAAAGUAAAUGCAAAUAUCAGUUAUUUAUUUCGUCCAUUGUUUUUUUAAACUUAUAAUACAUAUGAUUUAGAGACAGUUGUGUGUUACUAGUGUUAGUGAUGUAUAUGUUGAUUUGAUACUGUAUCAUGUAAAUAAGAUAUGUACUAUUUAUGCUCAUUUUACAUUAUAUGUAAUGACUUUUAUAGAUAUUUUGAAAUAAAAAUAAUUUACAUAUGUA